CUCGACCUGGUUGCUGGACCUAAGAGCACCCGUAUUGAUGAUAGUUCUUAAGUAAAAAAAAAAAAAAAAAAAAAAAUAUAUAUAUAUGAGGUGGCAUCAGUUUUUCUUUGAAUCGACUCUACUAGUAGAGUUUGUGGAGACGGUUCUGAGUAAACGUGUCCUAUAUUGAUUUGUUGGAAAAACAAAUUUUGGUUAAAAACCAAAAACUAAUUUUCUUUUUUUCUUCUCGUUUCUAUCGAUCCUUUUGGGUUUUUUUCUUCUUCUUCUCCGACGAAGAGCACCACUUGACGCCGGAGUUUCCAAGCAGCACCUUCUUCUUCUCACAUCGUCAUCAAGGACCGUCUCUGCAGGGUCCUUGAUUUGUAUUGGUUUUCUCGGAUUUGUAGCUUGAAUUUAUCUCUGACUUAGUAAUCAAAGGAAAACGGCAGUAGAUAUAGAGCAACUGGAGAAGUCCGUGGAGGAGAACCCAGACGACCCUUCUCUGCAUUACUACUCGCGUGUGAAGGUCGAUCACAAACGAGCUGCAAAGCGUUACCAGAGAGCAGUGCAUUAUUACUCUGAGUAAGAAUUGUGGCGAGAGUGUGUACCAACUUAUCGUGGACCGUGAUAUUUUGCCUGAUAUAGUCAAAAUUGUGAAGAAGAAGCCAAACCUGAAUGUAAGGGAGAAGAUACUUAGUUUAUUAGAUACAUGGCAAGAAGCUUUUGGUGGAAGCGGAGGAAGAUUCCUCAGUAUUACAAUGCCUAUAACGAACUCAGGUCUGCUGGAGUUGAGUUCCCACCUCGAACCGAGAGCAGUGUAUCGUUGUUUACUCCACCUCAGACUCAGCCCAUUGUUGCUCACGCUGUAGCAUCAGAUGAAGAUGCUGCUAUUCAGGCCUCCUUGCAAAGUGAUGAUGCUUCUGCACUCAGCGUGGAAGAGAUUCAAAUUGCUCAGGGAUCAAUUGAUAUUUUGACGGACAUGCUUGGUGCUCUCGAUCAAAACCAUUAUGAGAGUUUAAAAGAAGAACUUAUAGUUGACUUGGUAGAGCAAUGAUGUACUUAUCAAAGACGUGUAACGACUCUGGUCAACACUACAUCGUAAAGAUCUGUUUGUUUUCUCCUUAACCAUUGUGUUCUUUAUGAAAUUUGAUAUAAUCUGUUAAUGGUGAUAUAAUCUAUUGUAAGUGUCAAAAUUAAAAAAAAGUUAAUGAGAUUCUUA